UUCAGUUCUGGGAGGUGAUCAGUGAUGAACACGGUAUUGACGCCACAGGCAGCUAUCAGGGGGAGAGCGAGCUGCAGCUGGAGAGAAUCAACGUUUACUACAAUGAAGCCACAGGGAGUAAGUUUGUCCCUCGGGCCAUCCUGGUGGACUUGGAGCCUGGUACCAUGGACUCUGUCCGCUCCGGGCCGUUUGGGCAGAUCUUCAGGCCGGAUAACUUCGUAUUUGGUCAGAGUGGUGCUGGGAACAACUGGGCCAAAGGUCACUACACGGAGGGAGCAGAGCUGGUGGACUCCGUGCUGGAUGUAGUACGGAAGGAGUCGGAGAACUGUGACUGCCUGCAGGGCUUCCAGCUGACCCACUCGCUGGGAGGCGGCACUGGCUCGGGGAUGGGCACGCUGCUCAUCAGCAAGAUCCGCGAGGAGUAUCCCGACCGCAUCAUGAACACCUUCAGCGUCAUGCCCUCCCCUAAGGUGUCCGACACCGUGGUGGAGCCCUACAACGCCACGCUGUCCGUCCACCAGCUGGUGGAGAACACCGACGAAACCUUCAGCAUCGACAACGAGGCACUCUAUGACAUCUGCUUCCGCACGCUCAAGCUCACCACCCCGACGUACGGGGACCUCAACCACCUCGUCUCUGCCACCAUGAGUGGCGUCACCACCUGCCUGCGUUUCCCAGGGCAACUGAACGCCGACCUACGCAAACUGGCGGUGAACAUGGUGCCCUUCCCUCGCCUGCACUUCUUCAUGCCUGGCUUCGCUCCACUGACCAGCAGGGGGAGCCAGCAGUACCGCGCGCUCUCGGUGCCCGAGCUAACGCAGCAGAUGUUCGACGCCAAGAACAUGAUGGCUGCCUGUGACCCUCGUCACGGCCGCUACCUCACCGUGGCGGCCAUCUUCCGUGGCCGAAUGUCCAUGAAGGAGGUGGACGAGCAGAUGCUCAGCGUGCAGAACAAAAACAGCAGCUACUUCGUGGAGUGGAUCCCCAACAACGUCAAAACGGCUGUCUGCGACAUUCCGCCGCGCGGCCUCAAGAUGUCCGCCACCUUCAUUGGCAACAGCACGGCCAUCCAGGAGCUGUUCCGCCGCAUCUCGGAGCAGUUCACCGCCAUGUUCCGCCGCAAGGCCUUCCUGCAUUGGUACACGGGAGAAGGCAUGGACGAGAUGGAGUUCACCGAAGCCGAGAGCAACAUGAACGAUCUGGUGUCCGAGUACCAGCAGUACCAGGACGCCACCGCAGACGAAAUGGGCGAAUACGAGGAAGACGAGCUGGAGGACGAGGAAGAUGUCCGCCAAGACGCUCGUCAGGAGGUUCGCCAUUGAGAAGGCUUGAAGGAGCAGUUCAGCUCAAAUGUAUGCGGUAGUUAAAAUAGCUGCUUUCUGAGUGAGCUGUUCUUCUAAAAGCACAGUUCUUCAGUUCUGUCUGUAAACCACGGUUCUUUAACCGAGGGUGCUGUAGGGUAGCCUUGCUAAUAAUACUGCUGUUUCGAUGUUUAGCCAAAUGGUGCUACUGAGAACCACAGUGAUCAACAAAAGGUAGUCUUGAGUUUUGUAACAUUGUAACAUUAAACUGCAAUAACCUUGUGUUGGCUUAUUGAAAUAAACCUGCAUCACUGAACCGUG